AUGGAUUUGUCAAAUAGUAUCCAUUUGGUAAAUGCAUCUAAUGCGUUACUUGGUGAAGCCGAGGAAAUGAUGUUAAGUAGUGAUAGUGCAGCUAUAGGUUUAUGCCAAACGAUAAAAGACUUGCUCUAUAGGUGUCAAUCACUCGAAGAUACAAAUAAUACUCUAGAAGUAGAAUUAUCACGGAAAGAUGCUAAGGUAUCUGAAAUUAGUAAAGAAUUGUCUGUAAAAGAUGCGCAGUUGUUAGAUUCUCGAACGCAGAUUAAAAUUCUCCACAAACAAAAUAAGGAUUUGGAAACUACGUCAGGAGAUAUGUGUUCUGAUGCAUUGGCUCUUUUGUCAGAGUCUGAUUUUAAACCUCGUAGAACUACAAAAAAUCGUGAAAGUGAAGUUUUGGAAGAUAGUAUGUUUGAUAAAACUGGAGAUUCUAGUGAUGAUAUUCUUCCAUCUCAUCAACCUCGUCAUACAUCCGUAGUGACAAAUGGAACCCGAAAAAGAUCAAUUUCCACACAACCUUCUCCUUCCCAAAAACGUUUUGCAUAUGCUGGAGAUGCCAAAGUUGAGACAAAAACAACUUCUGGAGCAACACAGAAUCUAACAGUUAUAAAAGAAAAUGCCAACGAUCUGACGCCUGUUUCCAGGGCUAGGGAUAUUCCUUCUGACACAACUCCAUUUUAUCAAUUACCUAGAACUAAACUUAGAAGAUCUCUUUCUGAAACAACUGUUUAUAGUUCUAAACAAAAGAAUAUGUUGCUUAGCAGUGAUGAUAUCGCAACAUCCGCUAUUGAUGCACGUAGUCUUGCAUCGUUAGAUUCAGCAGGUAUAGAAAAUGCUUGGGCUAGUGAUUUGUAUUCUAUAUCGUGUAGAUUACAUUCCUUUGACAAAUCUUCUCUUGCAAUGGGAUAUUGUGACUGUUAUUGUGGUAUAGUUUGUCACACUGAAUGUACUGAAAGAGCUCCAAUACCAUGUGUUCCUAGGAAUGGACCUUAUAAAUCUGGUUCAAAACUCAAGCUUCAUUUAUCUGAAGUAUGUCCUCGUCGAUUCCCUAUGAUACCGUACAUUGUGGUUCACUGUGUUGUCACGUUAGAAAAGUUUUAUCUUACAACAGAAGGUUUAUAUCGUGUGCCAGGAUCAGAAUCGGAUAUCAAUCGUCUAUACAAUGCUUUCCUAUACAACAAAUCAAUACCUUCUUUUAAAGAUGUAGAUCCAGAAACUAUAUCUGGAUGUCUAAAAAAAUUUUUACGUGAGUUACGAGCUCCUGUUAUACCACAGUCAUCUUGGAUGGAAUUUGUCUCUGCUGUUCACAAUAAGGAUACAAAUGCUUUAACAUAUGCCAUUGUAGACCUUCCUUCACCAAAUCUUCAUACACUAGCUUAUUUAUGUCUCCAUUGGCAGAAGGUGGCUGAGAGUUCACAACAGAACAAAAUGCCUAUUGAAAACAUUGCCAAAGUUUUUGGACCUACAAUUGUAGGAUUUUCUAGAUCUCCUGGAAUGCUUACACCAUCACAAAUGGAAAGAGAAACAGAAUCUCAAUAUCUUGUAAUGUUAUCUUUGCUUCAAUUACCUGAAUGUUAUUGGAUGCAAUUCUUUAACAAAAAGACUACAGAUAAUAAUGGAGGGUCUAAAACGCCAAUUGGGGCUAUGAAUACUUUAAAAAGGAAUCAACUUUAUCACAAGACGAUGUGUAGACUGAAUCAAAAUGAUGAUGUAGUAUCAUUUGAACCUGAUGCCACUGCUGAUUGUACGCAAGGUAAAUUCAAUAAUACUGUCUUUUCUUCUGUCAUCAAUACUCCUCCACAAGGUACACCAGGAGGACAUCAUCUUAGUCCUAGAACUAUUAAACGUGAUCUUAUUAGAAGAGAUUAUGUUAACAAAAAAUAUUAUUAA